AUGCGUUUCCUUUUCCUUCCAGUAUAUGUUGUUAUCCAUUAUAUAAAGAAUAAUCAACUAGCCCAAAUUCCCAAAGACUGAACACUGUUUGAACAAAUGUCAACAAUUAAUUGUAUGCAAAAUUUACCGCAUUUGUAGAUACAAUUGACAAUUGUCAGUAAAAUUCAGGAAACGGGGAAAUGAUCUCUUAGAUAAAUACAUGUACAUGAAUUGUCAGUCUGUGUUUAAAACUAAAAUGUCGAAAAGGAAGUUUACUUUAAAUAAUUGGUCUAAAUACCAUUUCCGUUGAUCUUGGUUUUUAACUCAUUAGUUUUUUUUUUAGAUAUUUACCAAUCAGCCACACAAAGUUACAAUUACGAUUUUUUAAAUGUAAUUUAGCACUAUGGAGAAUUUUGUUCAUUUUGUGAAAAUUUUCAUAAUCUAUGUCUCGGUACUUGCUGUUUACAACGAAGAACAUUGCAAAAAAAUUGACAAUUGCUGUCGGGAAUGGGACGAAUUUGUUACAGAAUGUAAAGUGUGUUCACCAGGAUAUCUAGGUCGGAAUUGUACACAGGCAUGUCCGUACCCUAACUAUGGUUUAGAGUGCCAAGGGAAAUGUGACUGCAAUGAGAGACUAUGUGACAUCGCUACAGGCUGCUUCUCUGAUUCGGAUGGAUGCAGGACAGGUUACUAUGGAGAAAGAUGUAUGUUUAAGUGUAGAGUACCGACGUAUGGAAAACAUUGUCAACAAAUCUGCCAGUGUGAUGAAUCUAUCUGUCAUUACAUUACCGGGUGUCCAGUAAAGGAAAGCAAGUACUUAUAGUGUUUUAAAUAUCUAAUAAUCAUUGUCUCUUUUAAUAGAUUUAUACCUCCUCAUUACAUACCCUCAUCUUCAUUAGACAAACAUAAAUACGUGUACAAAAAU